UACCGGAUGCAGUCACUUCUUCGCCUCCCUCCGCCAUGAAGGUCCUCCUGCUCGUCUUCGCCCUCGUCGCCGCCGUCAGCGCCCAGACGGAGCCCUGGUGCCGCUGCGCCGCCUUCGUCACCUACAAGAACUCGGAGGUCAUGGUGUUCGAAGCCCCUGAAAUCACCAUCAGUUCUUGCGAAGACGAAGCCAAGACCUGCAGGCAUAGUUGUGCGAAUGAGCUCAACGAAAUGAGCAACAACGGGGACCUGUGGGCGUUACAGGAGGGCGGGCACACAGUCGGACAGUACAUCUGCCAGUAUCUCGCUGACCAUUAUUUCUUUUCUAUAAACAACCAUAAGGUCUACGGUUACAACGAGGUGUGUGGUGGUGCCUGGGAAUUCACAGGCGUGGAAUCACAGCAGAUGUUGUGUUGUGAUAGAGGAGACCAUGUGCACUGUAUAUCCGAAUAAAUGAUGGUGAUUGAUGGUGACAAAGGGUGAUGAUGGUGAUGAUGAUGAUGAAGGGUGAUGAUCUACGUAGCGAUGAUGGUGGCGAUGGUGAUGAUUCUCUGCUGAAACAUCAUCACUUUUUUUUUUUUUUUUUUUUUUUGCGAUGUGUUCGGAAAUUGAGUUUCUGAUUGUUUGUAAUUUUUGCGAAUAAAAGUUGUGAAUAUG